AUGAGCGCAAUGUCGUUGGCGCCUUCCAAGAUGCAGAUGAAGAAAGAUGCCUCCGUGCAAAAUAGCGGCGGUGCGGCUGCCGACAUGACACGACGAAUGAUCUGUGGUGGCCUGGCUGGAAUGAUUGCUAAAACGGCAACGAAUCCAUUGGAGCGAAUUAAAAUGUUAAGUCAGACAGGAGAACAUGGACUACAGUCAUCUGGGGUUCUGAGUCUCUAUCGUUCCAUCAUCCAGAAUGAGGGUAUUAUGGGUCUUUGGGCUGGGAAUGGUGCGAAUCUUUUGCGUGUUUUCCCAGCCAAGGCUGUGGUAUUCAGUUCCAACGAUAUGUAUCAAGGGCUUUUCCGAAAGCUGACAAAGACACCUGAGGGCCAAAAUCUUGCUCCAUUCUAUGCUUUCUUUGCCGGUGGCUUUGCAGGAAUGAGCGCGACCGCUUGCACGUACCCUUUGGACUUUGCCCGAGGUCGGAUAUCUGGAAAAUUGGCGCAGCAAGGAAUGAACAAAGAAUACAAUGGCAUUAUCAGAACAGUUGUUGUUAGUGUUAGAGAUGAAGGCUUCUUGGCUUUGUACAAGGGUGUCACCCCUACGUUAAUUGGGGCCCUGCCAUAUGAAGGCAUCAAAUUUGGAACCGUCGCAUUUUUGGAACGGUCAUUCCCAACCGAGGAAAAGACGUCGCCAGUGCGCAAGAUGGUCUUCGGUGGCCUCGGAGGGGUUAUGGCAGGACUGAUUACAUAUCCUAAUGACACAAUUCGACGACUCUUACAGCUGCAAGGAAGUCGUGGAACCAAUGCUGAAUAUGCAGGAUACUUUGAUUGCGUCCGAAAGACAUACCAAGCCGAGGGCAUUGCUCGGUUUUACCGUGGAAUGACGAUCAAUAUCAUUCGAAUGGCACCCAAUGCAGCAGUGCAAUUUGGAUCCUACGAGUUGCUGAAGCAGCUUACGGCGAAAUAUUUCGGUUAA